AUGGCCGACAGCAUCGACAUAUACAACCAAUACCCUCUGGUCCUCGACCCAACCUCGAAAGCCAUCAACCUCUCCUCUCAAACCACAACCCCAGCCUCAGCAAGCACAGUAACCACCGAACUAACCGAACUAAACGCCCUCCACCGCGGCCUCAUCUCCCUCGACCCGCCCAACAUCCCCCCGCCCCCGCUCCCCAUCAACCCCAAGCGCAGCGCCCAAAUCACCAAGCUCCGCGACAGCGCAAACACCGCCUACCGCAAGAACAACCACGCCGAGGCAGUCCGACUGUACACAUACGCCAUUGAGAUGGGAAUCGCACGGCCCGGGUGGGAACCUAUGAGUCUGGCCAGGGAGGAACUGGCGGGGUUAUUUGCGAACCGGGCGCAAGCGUAUAUGGCGCAGCAGGCGUGGCCGGAGGGAUUGGUGGAUGCGAAAUGUAGUGUUGAGAGUAAGCCGGUGGGGAAUGUGAAGGCUUGGUGGAGGGCUGGGAAGUGUUUGGCUGAGAUGGGACGGUGGGAUGAGGCGCAGGUUGCUAUUGAUAAGGGGUUGGAGUUCGAGCCGAGGAAUGGGGAGGGGGCGAAGGAGUUGCUUUCGUUGAUGGAAGAGGUGAAGGAGGGGAUGAAGAGGGCGAAUUCUUCUGCUUAG